AUGGUGCGUAGUGUAAAUAUAGUAUGGCCUUGAGCAGGUUUGGCAUAAAUAAAUAAUUAAGGUCCUAGAAAGCCCAUGCAGAGCGGCAGGGAUUUACAGAUUUGCAUCGUUCACAUACCGGCCGGGGAGCAUUCGCGAUCAGGUGCCGACGUCUCGGCGACAUUUUCCCAAUUAGCAAACGCUCUCCGAGCUACAUCUUGGAGAUGGAACUUUGUUUAUCGGGUCGACACGGCUAGUCGUAUGUGUGCUAUCUGGGAUGUUGUUUGUGGUAAACAGCCGCGGAACAGUAACGUGCAUCCUGCGUGAAAGAAAAAUGAGUCCCUGCUUCUGCACCGCAUACGUGAGACAGAGUCUGAAAGCGUGCGUCUCACGCAAAAUACGUGAGAGUUGGAAACCCUGAAUAUGUGUGUCACUCCUCUCUUGAGCCGCCUCCUCUACUUUCAAUGCGAGGCGUUUGGCAUCUCAAUAGCAGCCUGUUUAAUUUGUGAUUUUAACACACUCCAAUGAGAUCACUCCAUGCCCAGCUGACAGCUCAACCAGCCCCGCCUUCAACCUACUUCAACACAUACAACUUCAGCUCAGUGUUACGGAGCGUUUGAUUUGUCUUCACCAUGCUAAUUCUGUAAAAGUAUUUCUGAUAGAGACUUGUACCCUUUAAGUUUGGCGAUACGACGUCUUUAUUUGUGAGGUGAUACAGGGAUCUAUACAAUGCAAAAUGGACAAAAAGGACAACACAGACAUCGCAUUUAAAACUACUGGAUGCACCUGGUUGAGUUCAGUCAGCGAUCAAGUUGGAGUUCCUUUGGAUCAGGUGAAUUUCAUUGCCUGUCAGGUUUUUGGACUAGCAGUUGCAUUCUGGUUUCGCCUCUGUCUCAAUCCCCAGCGUAACACCCCUGAGGUUCGACAUGCUGUUGCUACCAUUAUUGGAGCUUCAUUUAUUACGUUUUGCUUUGGCUGAUUUAAUCUUUUUGUUCGGAAAGCAGAUGACACCAUUCACAUUUCUUUGUUUGGUUGCAUUUGUUUUAGUUGAAGACUCCUCUCUGGACGCCGUCAGCAAAACAAUGUAUGCCAUACAUGUCUUCAUCCUGGUGUUGGCUUGUUAUGGAAUUAUGAUCAAAUCUAAUGUAAACAGUGUUCACAGGUAUACUAUGAUUGCAUCAGUAGGAUACCUCACUGUUUGCCAAGUGAGCAGAGUCUUCAUAUUUGACUAUGGCAUAUUGUCCACGGAUUUCUCAGGCCCUUUGAUGAUAAUAACACAGAAGAUCACUACUCUUGCCUUUCAGGUACAUGAUGGUAUGUGUCGAAAGCAAGAGGAACUUAAAGAUGAUCAGAGGCGUCUGGCUGUACACUCUAAGCCAUCACUGCUGGAGUACCUAAGCUAUAAUAUAAAUUUUCUGAGUAUCUUGGUGGGACCCUGCAGUAUCUAUAAAGACUACAUAGAGUUUAUAAAGGGCCAGCAUGUCCAGCACAGGCUGAAAAGAGUGAAAGACAGCAGCUCUCAGCAGAAUGGCUGGGAUAAAGUGCCUGAGCCAUCGCCUGUGAGGGCUGUGAUUAAUAAGCUUCUUGUGUGCGCGUGCUGUCUGCUGUGGUUCUUCAUCAUCACAAAAGCAUUCCCCAUAACAUACAAUGUGGACCCACAAUUCAUCAGCGAGGCCUCUUUCAUUACAAGAUUGGCCUAUGCCUUAAUUUCUGUCCAAGCAGCCAGACCCAAGUUCUACUUCGCAUGGACCCUCGCGGAUGCCAUCCAUAAUGCAGCGGGGUAUGGAGUCAGUGGUGUGAAUGAAAGGGGAGAAGUGUCCUGGGACCUCAUCUCCAAUGUUCGCAUCUGGGAGAUUGAGACAGCGACCAGUUUUAAAUCAUUCAUUGACAGCUGGAAUAUACAGACUGCUCUUUGGCUAAAAAGUGUAUGUUAUGAUCGAGCGCCAUAUUACCGCAUGCCACUCACGUUUGUGCUGUCGGCCAUCUGGCAUGGAGUUUACCCAGGAUACUACUUUACAUUCAUCACCGCUAUACCCAUCACCUUAGCAGCUCGCUCUGUGCGCAGAAACUUCCGGGAGUAUUUCUUGUCUUCUCCGCUGCUCAAGAUCUGCUAUGAUGUUGUAACCUGGGCUGCCACUCAGCUGACUGUCUGCUACACUGUAAUGCCCUUCCUUCUACUUGCAGUGGAACCCACCAUGCAGUAUUACAGAUCAAUGUACUUUCAUGUGCAUGUCAUCAGCAUUCUGACUUUGAUUCUUCUGCCCAGCAAACCCAGUUCCUUCAAGUCUGAAAUUCAAGCCCUGCAUUCCAACAAUAAUGUGAAGGAGGACUAAACCCUUCUGACCCUUCUGUUGUAUGUAUGUGUGUGUGUGUGUGUGUGUGUGUGUGUCUGUGUGUGUGUGUGUGGACUGGAAGAGCGGAGGCACUGACAGACAAAAGCUACUUUGUGUAAACACACACACACACACACACACUCACUCUCAGACCACAACUAAGCUGUACACAAAUACACACAGCAUAGCUCACCAGGGAUACAGUCCAUUUAAUCAAAAAAACACUUAAUCAAAAGCAGCUGGAGCAAUGUUUUCACAAGAACUGAUAAGGGCACACAAAGUUUGACUGAUGUGGUAUACGGUAUAUGUCCUAAGGAGGCAAAUAUCAGUUUUUGUCAGUAAAUGAAUGCUGCCCAUUUAAGGGUCUUUUAAAAUAGUUUAGCACUGUAUUAUAUCUUAGUUUGUGGUGUUAAGAUGUCAAUUUUGUGAAAUUACAGUGUAGUACAUACACAAUGGCUAUAAAUAAUGAAUGAAAAAACUACUGCAAAUAUUAACUGAAGAAUAAUCAAAUUAGAAUAAUCAAAUAUGUUAUUAAUUGUGAUGCCUGAAUGAAUAUUAUAGGUUUUUGAAUGAAUUAAUGGGCACUGUACAUACACACUCCCUAGGUUUUUUUUUAUUUUUUUAAACCCUGUCAAACAGAAUAUGUAUUUACUUGGGAUAGUAAGCAAGGUCACAGUCAUACAAGUUUACACUGAACAGCAUCAGGAGGAUCAGGCCCUUCCUAACUGAGCAUGCUACACAACUGUGCCUCGCUGGUGGCAUUUUCCUAUAACGCCUGGACAAAUCAGUGACACAAUUAUUUGUUCUAUUUAAAAAAUAAUCCCUAACACCCUUCACCCAACCAACAUUUUAAAAAAUGAGGUUCUCUGGAGCUCUUCCCCUGAAAUUAAAAUAACCCCAAAAGGACAGAUCAGACCACAGGUUACCACAGUAACCAGAUAAGCUUUACAACUCAAUGGUAUUCAGAGAGUUUUAGUCUCACUUAAUUCAAUUUGAACAGAUGCAUCCUGACCAUAGGACUGCAUGAAAAGGCGCGUUUCCGGACUAUUCACAUCCCCUAAAACACAAACCCCUAAAUGGAAUGUUUCCGGCAGUUUUUGUGUAUGUGCCCUGGCGUUUCUGGUUUUUUGACACGGGCAGAAACAGACUCUUUUGAGCACGGCAGUUUUCCAGUCCGCUCACUAACCUGAUAAACUCCCAGACACCAAUGGAAAUGUUUACUCACUCACCAGUAAAUCCACAUACAUCCCUGUGCACGAGAAGUAAAGUCUCUGCAAAAUCCAGGGUACAAGAAGUUAAAUCUCCAUAAACGGCCACUCAUAUCUCAUUUAAUGUCUAUGAAUUACUUUACACUUAAUAUAUUUUAAAUGCUAUGGGCCCAUAUGCACUUAUAAUAACUGUCAUCAAAAGCACAAACACAGCAAGGCAUCAACAAAACUUAAUUUAUUUCUCAGCAAAUGCAAGACUGCACACAUUUUAGAGGAGUGCAAAUAUUAUUCAACAAACUCAGCAGGACUGCAACAUCAUUUAGAUUGAGAAAAUGAUUUUACAUAUUUUGCAAACACAGACACUUCAAGUAAAUCAUUAAACUGAUUAAAAAAUAAGUAAAAAAAAUAAACAAUAAAAAAAAAUGUUUACUAACCAAAAACAAACAAAAAUAAUUAAUACACUUGCAGUGGACACUGCAAAGUCAGGACAGUGAUUUCCGCUCCAUCUCAAUCAGACAGUCACACUCAUAUCAAGUUUCAGUCCAAUGAUCCAGUAAGCGAUUGCAUUCAAACAAUCUGUCCAAAACAGUGCUAAUAUAAAGGAAACCAGGCUGAUUACAUCAGAGAUUGCAGAGAGAACAGAGACUCGCUUAGCGUGAUUGUCUCUGAAGAGCGCAGUGUGAAGUACAGACUGAACAGAUUGUCAGCACAUCCCAGCGCUGUAUGGCUAGAUGAGACGCAAACUACAUUUUCUCGACGAGACAACCAGUCUCGCUAGUAAAGUUUUGAUGGAUGAAGACUGCAAUCAAGGAAUAGACGAUUGCGGUGGCAUACAAGUAAGCAUGUGUGAGUCAUAAUUACGUGUUAUAAUAAUGCGUGUAUGAGUGCUCUUGAUGCACUGAUCGCACAUUGUAUUUAUGUACAUACACAGACAUUUCCUUACAUUCACAUUGUUACCACACAUUCACGAUAAUGUUUUGAUUUAUCAUGUGUAUGUUGCUCUGUUAAGUUAUUCUGAAUGGAUCUGUGUCCUGUAGCAGAUAUAUGCCGUCAGCAGGCGGUUGGUUGGUUUAAGGUUUUUUUGGCAUCUCCAUGUGGUCCUGUUUGGUAUCGCAACUUGACUUAAAAUGUAAAAAGGCAUUUGCUAUUGCACUGUACACAUAUUAUACAGUUCUUUUAUUUUUAAUAUAUAUAUGCUUAUAUGGGCUCCUCAUAUCAUUUGGUUCUUUGGUGUCCUUUUGGAGUUUCUAAGUGUCAUUUUUUUGGAAAGACAUCUAAAUUUAUCUUGAAAAAGCUUGCAGAAAAUGGAUUUUUGAGAAUGAUCUUUCAAUCUUUUGGUUUACUUCACUAGAUAUAGAAAAUGACAACAAAAUAAACAUUUGAA